AUUGUUCAAACAUAACCAAAUCCAUCAUUUCUAAUUAUCUCUCUAUCAUUUCACAUAUUGAGUGUUUGAAAAACUAUAUUGAUUAACUAUGGAGUUCAAUGGUAAUUUGAAUGCCGGUUCUUCCUCUAGAUCAAAAAAGAGUCAUAGGCAAAAGCAGCAACAACCGCAACCACAACAACAUAAUGAAGAAAUAAAGUAUGUAGGAGUGAGGAGGAGGCCAUGGGGAAGAUACGCAGCUGAAAUAAGAAACCCGACGACGAAAGAGAGGUAUUGGCUAGGUACUUUUGACACGGCCGAGGAGGCUGCAUUGGCCUAUGAUAGAGCCGCACGGUCUAUAAGAGGCUUGACUGCUCGAACCAACUUUGUCUACUCCGAUAUGCCUCGUGGCUCCUCAGUAACUUCAUUUGUCUCUCCUGAUGAAUCCCAACGUUUCAUUUCCGAGUUAUUCAACCCUCCAAGCCAACUAGAAACUAUGAACAGCAACAACAACAACAACAACAACAACAAUCUCUCUUCAUCGACCAACAACCAAAACCAGAACUCUAUUGAGUUCUCAUACAAUGGGUGGCCUCAGGAGGCUGAAUGUGGUUAUCAAUCUAUAACCAGUAAUGCUGAGCAUUGUGAUCAUGAGCUUCCACCUCUUCCUCCCAGUACUUGUUUUGGAGCUGAACUGAGGAUUCCGGAGACCGAUAGCUAUUGGAAUGUUGCGCAUGCAAGCAUAGACACAUUUGACUUCGAGCUUGAUGGCUUUGUGGAUCAAAACAAUCUUGGUCAGAGUGGAACAGAAGGGUUUAAUUCUUUAUCCUCCACAUUCUUCUACCAAUAACAGUCAUGAGUUGUCCAAGUUUAUGUCUUUGUUCUUUGGUAUUUCUUUUGUUUUCACUGUCCUUUUCGCCUUUAUAAUGGAGUGGAAUGAGAGAUAUCAAGUGUCUCUCUCUCGCUUGUAGAGUUUAUGUUUCUCUGAAAAUUUAUCAAAUGUUUUGUUAUUGUUGCUUACCAAAUGCAAGAUUCUCUUGAUCAGUACUUGUAAACUCUGUGUAACGCAUACGAUUGUGAUUGCUUCAAAGUCUCUUUUUGUUUCGGUCCAUAUACCUUUUGGUGAUAUUGAUUUUAGGCGUAACUGGCUAACUAGCACAAUUAAGGUUUUUCAACUAG